AUGGAGGAAAGACGAAAAUGUUACAUCCCAAUGCGCGUUGUCCUGGCGAUAAACGUGUUCACGGCGACGCUGAUGAGUUACAUGAUGCGCGUGAAUCUGUCCAUCAUCAUCAUAGCGAUGGUCAAGCCGACGGGUCUAUCGAAGAGGAUCAGCGAUUCGGAGUGCAUCGACGCGGGGAAUUCGUCUGCGAACACUGCGAACGUUUCUUUGCUGGACGUAGGGUUGUUCUUGUACGGGGAGCGGUACGCGUGGGACCAGACGAGUCAGGGUUACAUCCUCGGCGGUUACUUCUACGGUUACGUGUUGACGUCGUUUCCUGGUGGAAUCAUCGCCGAGUACAUCGGACCGUAUCAGACGGUCGGCGUGACCACUCUGAUCUCUGCGGCGUUGACCGCCUGCACGCCCUUCAUCGCGUCCCUCCACUUCUCCGUUAUCCUGGUGAACCGGAUGUUGCUCGGCGCUUUGGCAGGGGUGGUGUUUCCGGCGCUGCAGUGCCUGAUUGCCAGAUGGGUGCCGCCUGUGGAGAAGGGCAUAUUCAUCGGGUGUCUUCUGGGUGGCACCUUCGGAACGGUCAUCACGUGGCCGCUUCUCAGCGAGGUCAUCAUGAGGAUGGGCUGGACGUGGGCCUUCUACGUGUCCGGUCUUUUGCCCGGUCUCUGGUGCAUAUUCUGGUAUCUCACCGUCAGCAACUAUCCGGAUCAGCAUAGGUGCAUAGACGAGCGCGAGAAGAACUACAUCCAAGAGGCCGUCUCAUCCAACAUCGCCAAGAAGAAGGCAAUUCCACCGUACAAGGCUAUGUUCAUGUCCUUCCCGUUCUGGGCGCUAGUCUUCCUGCAGUUCGGCAACCUGUGGGGCCUUUACCUACUCCUCACCAUCGGCCCGAAGUUCAUCUCCGAAAUCCUCGGCUUCGACAUCCGGAAAUCCGGAUUCCUUUCAGCGCUCCCACAUCUGACGCGUCUCGUUUCCGGUUUCAUAUUCGGCGCCAUCGGCGAUUACAUCCGGAAGCGCGGCAAACUAAGCGUCACGUUCGUUCGAAAGUUCUUCGUGCUCUUUUCUCACAUGUUACCGUCCGUUUUUCUCUUUCUAAUUACAAUGGUGGGAUGCAACCGGAUGUGGGCGGUGGCCUUCAUGUCAUUGGCGCUCGGCUUCAACGGGGCGGCCACCAUCACCAAUCUGCAGAACGCGCAAGAUCUUGCGCCGAAUUUCGCUGGAACCAUUUACGGCAUCAUCAACAUGACCGGCAACAUGGCCGGAUUCCUGGCGCCGCUGAUCGCAGGCUACGUCACGCAGGAGAAUAACGGUCUUUCCGAGUGGCACAUCGUCUUCUGGCUGGGAGCAUCCAUCUACAUGGGCUGCGCCAUCAUCUUCUCGUUCUUCGGCAGCGGCGACGUUCAGCCAUGGAACAAGAAGCCGGACGCCGGAGAAACGUGAACUCAU